AUGCUCAGACAACUAUCUAGCCCACCAGUUCUGGUCCAUGACACUCGCCUCAUGAGCAAGUGCCACAUGCAAGACCAAACCAGUCCAAAAGCCAUCCAGCCCAUCCAGCGAUUCUCUCCCAAAACGGUUUUUUUGCGUUAUUUUCUUGUUGAUGUGAGUACCAAAAGAGGCCGCUCGCUCUCCCAAUAA